AUGUCUGAGAUCAAUUGGAAGAAGUUUAAAGAUUUCAAUAAAGCUGAAGAGUUGUGUUCUUCUGCGAGAAUAGAAGGUGCAAUUGAUGUUUUUCUAGAAAAUGAAGAUAAGAGUGGAUAUGUAGCUGAAGGAGAAGAAGGUGACGAAACUGAUAUAGAAGAGAGAUCAGCGGGCGAUGAAUCUGAUGAUGAUAAGCCACCAAAAGAAGAUGAUGACCCUGAGGAAUCUGAAGAUGAAGCUCAUACAGCUAUGAAUAAAGGUGAUGAUUUAAAAGAACUGCAGGCUCGUGGUGAUGAUUAUAUUGAGAAGCAAGAUCGUGGCGGUGUUGAUUUCAAAGAAAGGCAGGCUCGUGGUGAUGAUUUGAAUGAGAAGCAAGAUCGUGGUGCUGAUUUAAAAGAAAUACAGGCUCAUGGUGAUAAUUUGCAGAAUAAGGACGUUCGCAAUGUGAUGAGCAAUGGAGAUGAGGUUAUUUUAGAUGCAGGAAAUGGUGGUGAUGAUAACAGAUUGCAGUCCCUGUUUGAGGAGGGUACAAGAAGAAGUCCCAAGUUGAAUGAAGUAACUCGAAAUUUAGCUGCAGAACAGGCAAAAGAAGAGAGGGAUGAAGAAGAAUCUGAUCCUGACUUUGCCUUAGAAGACGUCCAAUAUCCGGAUACACCGUUAAGCUCAGAUGAAGAGUGGGAGCAAUGGAAAAAUCCAAAAAGAGAAAAAGGAAAAGAAACAUUUUUACGGAGAUUUUGA